ACUUUUGAUGGUGGCUGGCUUUUCCUCGUGAGUACUUCUGGAGAGGUAGAUCCUGAGAAGUAGCUCCAGUGAACUAGUUCCUGCUGAUUUUCGCCUUUCCUUUGGCCGUUGGCCUGAAGCCCCAUCUCGGUGCUGCUUUUGUGCUGUUCUUGUUUCAUUUUCUUCUCUUUUUUUUGUCCCCCACUCCUCUCCACUUUGGCUGGGCUAGCAGGCUGGGCUGGCUGACUCCAGUGCCCCUCUUAGGGGUGGAAGAGGAGGGGACAAUGCUGGGGCUGAUGGUCAAGGCCUGUCAGGCAGGCUGCCUUCCCAUACCACAGAGGGGGAGCUUUGGGAUGACGUUUAGAGCAUAACAGGGUUUGUGAAAUACCCAACACACGGACGGUACCAUUACCAGGGGAAGGCAGCUCCCACGGAGCUGCCGCUGGUGCCGGCAGCAGUGCCUUUCUGAAGAGCAGUGGGUGACCUUCGCCACGGCAGCACCUCACCGCUCAGCGUGACUCCUCGUCCUCCCAAGGACCACCAGCUCUUCUUCUUGCUCUGCAAGCCAGGGCCAGAGCGGGUCUGCUCCCCUCCACAGUGGACGGUUUACCUUGGAUCAGCUGGUUAAAGCCACUGGAUACACAGUCGCCCUCCAGCAUUUCCAAACUCACCUUUUAACCUGCAGAUCCAGGGGCUGGCGCAGAACUCCCUGCCACCAUGAAAACAAUUAUUGCAGCCUGUUCUCAAAAUCUUAGUGAGUGCUGCAAAUUCCUCUUCGUCUUUCCUUGCUGGCCUGGACUGUAGAGUCCAACUUUCUGGGUUUGAAGAGGCUCCUCUCACUGCAGAUGGGGCCGGCAGCAGAGCCCAUGGGACUUCUCCGUUUUCUCUCUGUGGUCUGGUCAUUCAUGGAGAGCUUGGAGGGGAGCUGGAAAAAGGAACUAAGAAAAGCAACGCUUUGGCAGCCGCGCCAGUAUCCAGGCCACCCUGCGCACCCUACUUGCAGCACCCUGGCCCUCACAGCGGGAUAUCCACUCCUGGCUCCAGCUUCUCUCUGUCCUUCAGUGGGUGCUCAGCUUCCUGCUGCUGGGGAUCGUCAGCCUGAUGCUCCUCAUUUACCUUGUGUUCACCAGCUUCUGGCCCAUCUCUGCUCUCUACCUGGCCUGGAUCAUCUUUGACUGGGACACACCGGAGAAAGGUGGCAGGAGGCUGCCAUGCCUGCGUCGAUGGACCGUGUGGAGGCACUUUCGGGAUUAUUUCCCUGUGAAGCUGGUGAAGACACACGACCUGUCCCCCAGCCACAACUACAUCAUUGGCUCCCACCCUCACGGCAUCCUCUGUGUUGGUGCCUUCUGCAACUUCAUCACGGGCUCCACGGGCUUUGAGGAGAUGUUCCCGGGCAUCCGGCCCUUCCUCACCACCCUGGCGGGCAACUUUCGAUUGCCCAUCUUCAGGGAGUACCUGAUGAGUGGGGGGCUGUGUCCAGUGACACGCCGCGCCAUCGGGUACCUGCUGUCCAAGAACGGCACCGGCAACGCAGUGGCCAUCGUCAUCGGCGGCGCGGCCGAGUCACUCUCCUGCCGUCCCGGCAUCACCACGCUCACCCUGAAGAACCGUAAGGGCUUCGUCCGCUUGGCCCUGCAGCACGGGGCCCACCUCGUCCCUUCCUUCUCCUUCGGGGAGAAUGACCUCUUUCGCCAGGUGGUCUUUGAGGAGGGAAGCUGGAUGAGGAGCAUCCAGCAGCGCUUCCAAAAGAUGAUGGGCUUCGCUCCCUGUGUCUUUUACGGUCGGGGCCUCACCUCCAUCCAGUCCCGGGGUUUCCUUCCCUAUGCCAAACCCAUCACCACCGUAGUGGGGGAGCCAGUGACAGUGCCCAAGAUCGAGGACCCGAGCAGUGAGGUGGUGGACAUGUACCACGAGAUGUAUAUCCGCUCCCUGCUCAAGCUCUUCAACGAGAACAAGACCAAGUAUGGCCUGUUGGAGACGGAUGAGCUGCACAUCCUCUGAGCACGGCUUGGCGCCGGCGGCCAGAUCCUGGCUCACAAGGGCAGUGCUCUUGUGGGUGGGGAUUUCAGCCAUCCCGGCAUGGGGGACACAUGGGGGAUGCACAGGGGACGGUCCCCACUCUGGCCAAAAAAACUGAGCAGGAAGCAGGAGAGGAAGAAGCAAAGGGAAGGGGAACUUGGGGAAUAGUCCUCUUUGAAAGGGGUUUGGAGGGGCUGUGGGUGUUCCCUGAGGAUGUGGGGCUGAUGGGGGGGGCGAUGGAGAAAGGCUGGGGGCCAGUGCUGGGCAUGGUUCCCUCAAGAUAACCAGGACACCGUGAGCUGAGGGAAGAGGUGUCAUGUGAGGAGGGGACAGGAUGGGCUCUUUGGGAUAGCAUCCCAAUGGUGAGUGGGACCAGGCUGGGGAGAUAUCCCCCCUGGGGAAGAGGAGGGGCACUCCAGGACCUGGGGACAAGUGGCCUCAGCUGGUACCAUGUGGCCCUGGGCGAGCAGUGGGUGCUGCUCUGGCCCCGGAUGAGCCUUUUCCACCACCUCUGUACCCAAUACAGAAUUCCAACCCUGCAGCUGUUCCUAUGUGUGUGGUGGGGUCAGGAUCAGCAGUGCUGCAGCUGUACCCUGCACUUCCCAUGCGGGUGAAUCUGCCACCCGUGUCCCCUCGCUGGCAGUUCCAUCUCCAGGGCUGGGGCCGUGCUUAAUGGGGACACUUGCAUGGCUCAGGUGUAACCAAGCAGUUCCCAGGGUCCACCUGGGCGGCAUCAGGUAUAAUGGGAGGUGAGUUGCCACAGCUGCUUGUAUGGUGCUAACUGGGCUUAGGAGGGAAGCUGCCUUCUCUGCUUCCACUUCAGCAGUGAGUGAGGGG